AUGAGCAACACAAAUAAUGGCACAUCACUGCCACAAGAAACUCCCCCCAUACUUUUGGCGUCAAAUCAUAAAACUAACAGUAACGCCGUUGUGGAUGUUUUUCAGGUAAAUUACAGCGAUAGUGUUCGUUUGUAUCGUGUUUCGCGACGUGAUGCACUUGGCCCGCAAACACCACCAAUUCUUCGUCUCUUCUCACCUAAUGAUUUAAUGCUUUUAAUAGUUUUUGUGGCAUUGGAAUUGCCAUCGCUACCCACCUUUGUAGAUUAUCUUCGUAGUAUUGGUGUUGGGAAUGGAUGGACUUUUUUUCCCUAUGGUGAAAGUGGUAGUAACGCUAUUAGUAGUUUUACUAUGGCUUUAAUGCCGUAUAAUGGAAAGGUGUCGUGGCAUCUGCCGCGCAUUAUUCCAAUAGUGAUAUGUUGUUUAGUGUUACUUUACCGCCUUAUCACCGGACUGCGCCGGGCCCACACGGAGGAGGUAACGGUCAUUCGCGGUCUUGGAAUACAAUUGACGGUUUACAACAUCUUUGGUCGUAUUAUUUCUCAACGGUUUGUAGAACAUAAACUCAUUCGCGCUCUUAUUAUUCAUGAUGCCUAUUUCCGCUGUCAAGCGAUAUUCUUUCUCUCCGCCAUUGUGGAGAAUGAAGGGGAUUUACUCGUACUCUUUGAAGAGACCCUACCACGAUUGGCGGUCCUGCAGCCACUGCUGCGGGGUCUGCGGCAUAUUCUCUACGAGGAGCCGGAGGACGGCGCAACCCUCGCGGAGUUGGCAGACCGCAUGGAUGAUAGCGCCGACGGGGACGAUAGUGAUAUCGUGACAGACCGAGAAGAGAGACUUUCAUUGGCCUCCACAACACCAUCAGCAUCAUCUAUUAUGGGAAACGCUACUAGCACCACCAUAAGUAGUGGCAUCAUUAGCAUCAGCAACAAGAAGAAAAAGGUUUGGUAA